GCGGAGUGCCUAACAGAUCUUGGAACGGCAACAACAGAAAAUGGCUACUAACGUUGGGCCUCAAGUUCGCUCUGGUGAGCUCGUCUUUGGUGUUGCUCAUAUUUUUGCUUCUUUCAACGAUACCUUCGUCCAUAUCACUGAUUUGACCGGUAAGGAAACCAUCACCCGUGUCACUGGUGGUAUGAAGGUCAAGACCGAUCGUGAUGAGUCUUCUCCUUACGCUGCGAUGUUAGCCGCGCAAGAUGCUGCUGUCAAGUGCAAGGAAGUUGGCGUCACCGCUCUUCACAUCAAGAUCCGUGCUACUGGUGGUACCGCUACUAAGACUCCCGGUCCCGGUGCUCAAGCUGCUUUACGUGCUUUAGCCCGUGCUGGUAUGCGCAUUGGUCGUAUUGAGGAUGUUACUCCCAUCCCUACCGACUCUACCCGCAGAAAGGGUGGUCGUCGUGGUCGCAGACUGUGAGCACUUUCGUCUCUUCUUUGUCGUACUGUUUGUAUGGCUGGUUUGGACAAAGUCCUCGACGUCUAUUUGGUUUCUUUUUAUAGAAACAUAAUAAGAAAUUUCAGUUGAUUUUUAAUUACAAGACUGUAAGGAUUAAGUAAAGUGAUAAGUAGAAAAAAGUAGCAGAACAUGGCAUUCUUUUAACCUCAAUUACUCUCAUUGUUGAAAUCAUCUAUCACAUAAUGUCCAAUUUCAUGAACUUCUUGGUCGUAAUCAAUAGCAGCAUUGGCAUCAUCCGCAUAAUAAGGGGCAGCGUCUUCUGGAUUUUCCUGUAUGUUGACUACUUCAGAAACAGCAUUCACUAAGUUAUCUAAAGCAUUAUUAACUUGGAGAGGAAGGCUGUUGUCCGACUUGCGUUCCAACAGGUUUUCCAGCAAGGACUGCAUAAAGUCACCCUCAAAAAGAGCAGAAGUUUCAAUGUCACGAUCAUGUAAUGUCUCGAAUUGUGAUUGGAACAAGCCUAUGCAGCCAUGAUUAGUAGGGUUCUAUAAGGGAAUAAAAAACGUACCGAGAAAAGUAGAAUAAUAAUCUGGCUCGGUCUCAGCUAACUUAUAAGAUUGCAAUAGCAUCUCCAAAAAGUUUUUCCAAUGCAAUAAUGCUGCAUAAUGGGAAAAAAAAGCGUAUGCAAGGUAGGCGAACGAAAAUUCAGCUAGUGCUGAAGCAUGCUCAUUAUUCCAUACGGAUUGUACGAGUCGUUGAAACAUAAAAGUUUUGUCAAUAGCUUGCAAAGAUCUUUCAGGACCUAAGGAAGAGGGAGACCAGCUUUUUCUAACAUCGAAUUUUGUUAAUCGUAAUACAGUGUCCUUCUCUGAAGGCUGAAAGAGCUCAGACUCAGCUGCAUUUAAAUCUAUAUUUGCGUAAGUAGAAGUAUCC